CCGCCCAUUCAGAGAUUAUGACGUCCUAAGGUUUCCUUGACUACGGGGAAAAAAAGAAUUCCCUGGUUGGUUGAUUUAGUAGGGUCAAACUUGGCCGUGACGCGGAAAUAGCAUCCUCGGACCGCCUCAAAAAUUUCGAUACUAUAAAAUCAUCGAGUGUGUCUUAUGUAGUCUUUCAGAUUUCUCUGACGCAAUUGCUAGCAAGAGAAAAGAUCAACUCAACUGACUGAAGAUGGCAGAGGAGUUUGAUUUGAUUCCUGCAAAAGAAGUAAGCGAUACGUUCAAGGUAAUGUUCGAUCUCUACAGUCCCAGAGCUCAUUUCAUCAUUUUGCCCCGCAAUAAGCACACAGGAACAUACACGAAGUUGGACCAAAAGGUCAGGCUGAAGAUAGUCGAAUCAGCUUGGUCGAUAGUCUCUGGAUAUAAACUUCAAAAGUCGGCUGUUUUGUCCCUCCACUUUGGGUCCUGGUCUACAUCAAAGAACAAGUUCCAUGCACAUAUUUGUGUAGACGUAGACGAUUAUCUCGCUAUUUAUGAGAGGUACGAGCAAAGAAUUCUCGACUUUCCCUUGAGUAGGUACAUCUCAAAGGAAUGGAAAGCAAGCAAAAAUCCAGAAGAUUAUGCGAUCAACGUUCGCAGAUAUCCCUUCAAAACAUAUUUCAAGGAAGAGGUCAAAGCCAUUCGAGAGUAUCGUAGAAGUCCAACUGGUGAGUCCGAUAGCUCAUGUCCUCAUUUGCCGUUCGCCUUUCUCUUCCACCCGUCGGAACCAAGAGUCGGAUUUGCAGUCGAGAAGUCGGAGGAACCAAGAAGUUGUGAGUCUAAGUUUGAAGCCUUAGAAACGAUGUUCAACUAUGCAAAAGACCAAAACCUUACCAAAAUUAAUGCGAAAGGUGGUGACGAGGGAUGCCACUUGUGUUUGGUACUUGAUAGAAAGUCGCAUGGUAAGUCCAUUCUUGUCAACUGCCAUAAAAAGUUUUGAAGAAUUCAGAUUGAAGCCCCUUUAGUUUACUUCCAAAAGAAAACAUUGCUUGGCGCCGUGCAGACAAACGCUUCUUAACACCGAGUAUGACCCUGAAUAUUUAUGGGAACUUCAGUAUUGACAUAUUUUGUUAAUUAGUCAAGCAAAAAUAAUUAUCGAGUGGCCAGAGGGAAGAGUGGUUUGCCAAAUUUAGCAAGAUUAUAAGGUGUUAACCUGAAUAUCUUCCUUACUAUACUAGUUUAGUUUCAUAUUUCGUCCCAUUUUGCGUAGACAGCCUGUAUUGUUCCUCACAGCCGUUUGAAGUAUUAAAGAUUUAGUUGAAUAGGUUCACUCUGCUCAUAAAAGCUUCAUAAAGUUGACAAGCUACAAAUUCGUAAAACGGGUCGGAUGUUGGCAAAAAUGUUCAGUCGAAUGACGACAAGAAACUCCUUUAUUUUACGGUCAGUUUUAUUAAGAAAUAGUUAACUAAGAGAUAUCUGGUAUACAGCACUAUCGAAAUGCAAGCCAACUGCUAUCCUUCUCCCUUUUGUAACGGAGCAAUAGCUGCAAAGGAUGCAUGCAGUCAUACAUUCCGAUAUAUAUUUACUUGCUGCUUAUCCCUCAUUCCAGGCUUCCUUUUUGACGAGGAGUCUCAGAUUCUCGUUGGCUUCAUUCAAGUAUCUGGACUGAAGUUCUACAGAGAUUUGUGUCCUGAUGACAAGAAGGAUCAGUGGUUCGCCAACUUUAGUGCGAAGGGCGAUUAUAGAGUAUCUACCUGAAUAUCUCCUCGCGACCUGUUUACUUUCAUCUUUCGUUUCUUUUUGCGAAGACAGCUUAGGUUGUUCUUCAUGGUCGUUCGAGGUAUAAUGAAUUUCGUUGAAUAUAUUCACAGAUAAAUCCUAUAGUUUUUUCAAUAAAUCUGCAUUUAGUUGACUUAGUUCAGUAUUCGCAAAAGCUUUUAAAUUUAAAUGUAUGUCUUUUUGGUUUCUAUAUUUCUAAGUCAAUUUCUUUUUUAAUUUUUAGCUCUAAUAUCUGGGUAUAGUUGAAAUUUCUAACAUUGUAGAGUGCAAUUGAAAAUUUUACAUUGAUAAUUGCGCAAUGAAUUGAAGUCAAUGAAUUUUCAUUAUUAGUGCCAUUUAAACAACAUUUUCCUGGUUUCUUGUACUCGAAAGAUUCAAAAUUACAAUAUUAACCA